UGAGAAAAUGGCAAGUAGUGGAUUUGGAAGUUCAUCAAGUAGCAAGGGGAAAAGUAAGGUUGGUGAAUCAACAUACCCAAAUCCAAAUGAGCUUACUGCAGUUGAUUUAGACAACAUAAUGGAGCAAAUUGGGGAUGAUGAUAAUGAUGUUGAAGUUCAAGAGUUAUUCCACCACACUCAAGAAAGCCAAAAUCAACAAGCUGAGAAAGUUGAAGUAAAAAAAGCACUCACGUCCGAUAUUUUCAAAGUCCACUUUACAAAAAAACGAAGAUCUGAAAAUACAUUUGAUGUAAUUUGCAAUUACUGUGGUCAAGUCUACAAGUUCAAAAUGGGAGGUGGAUAUGGCACAUUCAAUAGGCAUUUGGAGCAAAAGCAUCCGACCAAAAUUGGUCAACAAUUAGUUUCUCAAUCUCAGCCUUCUAGUCAAGUUCAGAAUGAGCCAACCUCUAGAAUAAGCAUGGGUGAUCGUGCCUUAUUACAAAGGCAAAAAAGGCCUAGAGGAUCCCUUGGUAAUAAUUCUGAAUUUGAUAUUUAUUUAACCACUAUUUUCGAGUUUGGUGAUAAUAGUGCAGGUAAAGAAUUUCCAGUACUUGAUUGGUGGCGUCGACAUGCAAAUACUUUUCCCACCCUUGCACUAAUUGCUAAACAAAUUUUAGCAGCACCAGUCUCCACAGUUGCAGUUGAACAAGCUUUUAGUGCAGGUGGUAGUAUAUUAGAUGAGACACGAUCUAAUAUGGUUCCUGAAUCAUUAGAAGCUCAAACAUGUUUAGAUGAUUGGAUUAAGGCAGCCUUAAGGCAACAAGAGAUCACACGUGAAGGAAAUGAAGAUUUAUAUGACAUAGGAACCGAUGGAACAACAACGGAAUCGAGCGGUUGUGGAAGUGAUUAGGGUAAGGGGGUUAUCUAACUCUAAAUAGAAGGUAAGAGAACUACGUGGGCUUUGAUUCCUCUAAACCCCAAGAGGAUACGUAGGCAACUUAAUUUCUACAAAAUUAAGUUCAAGCCCUUU